AUGAAGGGAUUAUCCUCAUUAAUAAACAGAAAAAAAGACAGGAACGACUCACACUUAGAUGAGAUCGAGAAUGGCGUGAACGCUACCGAAUUCAACUCGAUAGAGAUGGAGGAGCAAGGUAAGAAAAGUGAUUUUGAUCUUUCCCAUCUUGAGUACGGUCCAGGUUCACUAAUACCAAACGAUAAUAAUGAAGAAGUCCCCGACCUUCUCGAUGAAGCUAUGCAGGACGCCAAAGAGGCAGAUGAAAGUGAGAGGGGAAUGCCACUCAUGACAGCUUUGAAGACAUAUCCAAAAGCUGCUGCUUGGUCACUAUUAGUUUCCACAACAUUGAUUCAAGAGGGUUAUGACACAGCCAUUCUAGGAGCUUUCUAUGCCCUGCCUGUUUUUCAAAAAAAAUAUGGUUCUUUGAAUAGCAAUACAGGAGAUUAUGAAAUUUCAGUUUCCUGGCAAAUCGGUCUAUGUCUAUGCUACAUGGCAGGUGAGAUUGUCGGUUUGCAAAUGACUGGGCCUUCUGUAGAUUACAUGGGCAACCGUUACACUCUGAUCAUGGCGUUGUUCUUUUUAGCGGCUUUCAUUUUCAUUCUGUAUUUUUGCAAGAGUUUGGGUAUGAUUGCCGUGGGACAGGCAUUGUGUGGUAUGCCAUGGGGUUGUUUCCAAUGUUUGACCGUUUCUUAUGCUUCUGAAAUUUGUCCUUUGGCCCUAAGAUACUAUUUGACGACUUAUUCUAAUUUAUGUUGGGCGUUCGGUCAACUUUUCGCUGCUGGUAUUAUGAAAAAUUCCCAGAACAAAUAUGCCAACUCAGAACUAGGAUAUAAGCUACCUUUUGCUUUGCAGUGGAUCUGGCCCCUUCCUUUGGCGGUAGGUAUUUUUUUUGCACCAGAGUCUCCAUGGUGGCUGGUUAAAAAAGGAAGGAUUGAUCAAGCGAGGAGAUCACUUGAAAGAACAUUAAGUGGUAAAGGACCCGAGAAAGAAUUACUAGUGAGUAUGGAACUCGAUAAAAUCAAAACUACUAUAGAAAAGGAGCAGAAAAUGUCUGAUGAAGGAACUUACUGGGAUUGUGUGAAAGAUGGUAUUAACAGGAGAAGAACGAGAAUAGCUUGUUUAUGUUGGAUCGGUCAAUGCUCCUGUGGUGCAUCAUUAAUUGGUUAUUCAACUUACUUUUAUGAAAAAGCUGGUGUUAGCACUGAUACGGCUUUUACUUUCAGUAUUAUCCAAUAUUGUCUUGGUAUUGCUGCAACGUUUAUAUCCUGGUGGGCUUCAAAAUAUUGUGGCAGAUUUGACCUUUAUGCUUUUGGGCUGGCUUUUCAGGCUAUUAUGUUCUUCAUUAUCGGUGGUUUAGGAUGUUCAGACACUCAUGGCGCUAAAAUGGGUAGUGGUGCUCUUCUAAUGGUUGUCGCGUUCUUUUACAACCUCGGUAUUGCACCUGUUGUUUUUUGCUUAGUGUCUGAAAUACCGUCUUCAAGGCUAAGAACCAAAACAAUUAUUUUGGCUCGUAAUGCUUACAAUGUGAUCCAAGUUGUAGUUACAGUUUUGAUCAUGUACCAAUUGAACUCAGAGAAAUGGAAUUGGGGUGCUAAAUCAGGCUUUUUCUGGGGAGGAUUUUGUCUGGCCACUUUAGCUUGGGCUGUUGUCGAUUUACCAGAAACCGCUGGCAGGACUUUUAUUGAGAUAAAUGAAUUGUUUAGACUUGGUGUUCCAGCAAGAAAGUUCAAGUCGACUAAAGUCGACCCUUUUGCAGCUGCCAAAGCAGCAGCUGCAGAAAUUAAUGUUAAAGAUCCGAAGGAAGAUUUGGAAACUUCUGUGGUAGAUGAAGGGCGAAACACCUCAUCUGUUGUGAACAAAUGA